AUGGCGACGGUUCUUUGGCACUCACGGCGCUGGCACUCACAGCGCUGGCACGCAUGGCGGCACUCACGGCGCUGGCGACGCUUCUCCCUGCCGUCGCUUGGUGGUAUUUUCGUCGCUCUACCGUCGGCGACCAGGCCUUUACCGCGACGAGGCCUCUACCGUCAACGACGAGGCCUCUACCGUCAGCAACGACGCAAGCGGACGGCAACGGCUGGCGGCACUUCGUCUGUCGCGCGGAUCUCUUCACCCAAGCUGAGUUUCGUUUCUAAUUCUCCUUUUCCUUUUCAACGACUUGCAGAAGCUGACCGUCGGCCGGCGUACGGGUGGCGAGGACGGAUGACGAUGCGUGGGGACGCGUGGCGCGAGGCACGGGACGCUUCGGCGGUCGCACGACGUGUCUCGCGGGCGAGAGGCGUGUCUCACGGCGGGACUCACGACGUGUCUCGCGGCGAGAGGCGUGUCUUACGGCGGGACUCACGAUGCUCUCUGCGCUUGGCGGCAAAGUCAACGUGCCAGCAGGAGCGGGAGGGGAGCAACGGCGCUGGCGGCGACGGGAGGUCAAGCUACGAGGACUUCUCAUUCUUGCGCAGGAGCAACGGGAGCGGGAGCAGCGGCGCUGGCGGCGACGGAAGGUCAAGCUACGAGGACUUCUCAUUCUUGCGCAGGCGAAGCGGGGAUGGGAGCUCGCGGGCCGCGUGGCGACGCUUCUUCGGGGACGUCUUACGCUCGCGCGGCGGGGCAUCGGAGCACGCGGGGCAUCAGAGAGCACGUCGCACCGCGGCGCACGAUGCGUGGCGGCGCUUCUCUCUGCUGGGGUGCUCUGUCGUCAAAUUUCCGCUCGUCGCCUUUCUGCUCGUCGCCUUUCCGCUCGUCGCCUUUCUGCUCGUCGCCUUUUGCGCUGCUCUCUGCCGUUUCGUUUUCAAAAUAUCUAAUUCCCUUUUUUUGUCGUCUGUGGUGCAGGAGUCUCGAGGGAGGCUUCACACACGUGGAGUCAAGAGUCGGAGCGAGGAGCAAGGCGCGAGCUUGGAGGAGUUUGACUUCCCCUCCCGUACCGCCCUUUCCUGCAGAGCAAAUUUGGCGGGAGCGGGAGCAACCAGCGCAAACGCCGGGCUUGCCCCACGCGAAUGA